AGUAAACUAGCCCUCUACCUUUAUCAAAGUUUUUCCAACUCUAUGAGUUCAGUAGUCUCUUGGUCGGCUUUUUGCAUCCUUGCAGUUGUUCCUGUCUUUUGCUUUGGUCCGGCCACCUUUGCGGCCAUUGACGGGAAUGAGACCGACCGACUAGCCUUGCUUGAGCUCAAGGCCAAAAUAAUCUCUGACCCUUUCAUGUUUUUGAGCUCGUGGAAUGACACCGUCCACUUCUGCCGGUGGCGUGGUGUUACAUGUGGUCGCCGGCACCAAAGGAUCACGCAGUUGCAACUGGCAUCUCAGAAACUUGCGGGAACUAUAUCGCCUUUCAUUGGAAAUCUGAGCUUUCUAAGGUACCUAUAUCUCCCAAACAAUAGCUUCAGUCAUGAAAUCCCACCAGAGAUAGGCCGUUUGUAUAGAUUAGAGAUACUAUAUUUGCACAAUAAUUCAAUUGGUGGAAGAAUUCCUGCCAAUGUAUCCGGUUGCUCUAACCUCAGGGUUUUCAGUCUUGGUAAUAACCAGGUGGUUGGGAAGAUUCCUGUUGAGCUUGGCUCCUUGUCAAAGCUCCAAAUAUUUUCUGUAGGCCACAACAAAUUAACAGGAACUAUCCCUCCAUUUCUUGGGAACUUAUCAUCACUUGAGAAACUUUCAGUGCCCUCAAAUAAUCUGGGUGGGAGUAUACCCGAUGCUCUGGGCCAACUGAUGAAUCUUACAGUUAUUGCACUUGGUUUAAAUCAGUUUUCUGGUACCAUCCCUCCAUCAAUCUUCAAUCUCUCUUCUAUUACAAAUUUUGACGUGGGAGUUAAUCAAAUCCAUGGGAAUCUUCCCUUGGAGUUCGGCAUAACUCUUCCUAAUCUCCGAAACCUUGCCAUUGCCUUUAACCAAUUUACUGGUUCAAUUCCUCCUUCAAUAUCCAAUGCCUCAAAUCUGGAAGCAAUUCAGGUUCCAUUAAACAAAUUUAGUGGAAACAUGCCUUCUUUGGAAAAGUUGCAUAGGCUUCGAUGGUUGAGCGCUACCGAUAACCAUCUUGGAAGUGGGGGAGCUGACGACUUGAAUUUUCUCUGCUCUUUGACCAAUGCCACCGGCUUAGAGUUGUUGGCUAUAAACGUCAACAAUUAUGGUGGAGUCUUACCAGAAUGCAUCAGUAACUUCUCAUCUAGUACUCUUCAAGUAUUGUUAAUAGAUAACAACAAUAUAGCUGGUAGGAUUCCAAGUGGGAUUGCGAAUCUCGUCAACUUGGAGACACUUCACAUGUGGAGUAACCAAUUGUCAGGUAGCAUUCCCACUGAUAUCGGAAAACUACAAAGGUUACAGGAAAUGUUUCUACUAGGAAACAAUCUCUCAGGCAAUAUCCCAUACUCUCUUGGAAAUCUAACUGUGUUAAUGAAACUAGUUUUAAUGGAUAAUAAUCUUCAGGGAAGCAUCCCUUCAAGUCUAAGCAAUUGCCAAUUUUUGGUCUUAUUAGAUCUUUCUAAUAACAAUCUCAGUGGUACCAUACCCCCACAGGUCGUUGGUCUCUCAUCCUUAUCAAUCUCUAUUGAUUUGUCCAAAAACCGUUUCACUGGUCCAGUUCCCAUGGAAGUUGGAAAUCUGAAAAAUCUAGGUAGACUGGAUAUGUCAAACAACAUGUUAUCUGGUGAAAUUCCAACGAGUCUUGGCAGUUGUAUUAUGUUAGAGUUUCUAAACCUGCAAGAAAACUUCUUUGAAGGGAUCAUUCCAUCAAGUUUUAGUUCUUUGAGAGGACUUCAAGAGUUAGAUCUUUCUCGAAACAAUUUGUCAGGAAAAAUUCCAAACUUUUUUGUGGGUUUCCACUCUUUGGAUCUUUUGAAUCUAUCUUACAACAAUUUUGAAGGUAUGGUGCCAACAGAAGGCGUUUUCAAGAACUCAAGUGCAACUUCAGUUGUGGGAAACAGCCAACUAUGUGGGGGGAUCUCUAAGAUGCAGUUGCCUAAAUGCAACUUCAAAGAGUCCACGAAGACGAAAUUGACCUUAACCAUGAAAUUAAUUAUCUCUACAGUUUGUGGGCUUCUAGGAGUAAUUGUUGUGCUUUCUUUUCUCUUUGUUUGUUGGUUAAGAAGGAAAAGAAAAGAACCCACUUCAAGUUCUUUAGGAAAUUUGCUUUUGAAUAUGUCUUACCAAAGUCUCCUAAAAGCCACUGAUGGGUUCUCCUCUGCUAAUUUGCUUGGUGUGGGUAGUUUUGGAUCCGUAUAUAAAGGAAUCAUUGAUGAGGGCAGAACAACAAUCGCUGUCAAGGUGCUUAACCUUCUACGCCAUGGAGCUUCCAAAAGCUUUCUUGCUGAGUGUGAGGCCCUGAGAAACAUCAGGCAUCGGAAUCUUGUUAAGGUACUUACAGUUUGUUCAGGUGUUGAUUAUCAAUGUAAUGAUUUCAAGGCUAUAGUUUAUGAAUUCAUGGUCAAUGGGAGCCUUGAGGAUUGGUUGCAUCCGAUUGCUAAACAGGAUGAGACGCAUCAGGAGCGAAGGAACCUGAAUCUUUUUCAGAGAUUGAAUAUCGCCAUUGAUGUUGCGAGUGCAUUGGAAUAUCUCCAUUAUCAUUGCCAAACACCAGUCCUCCAUUGUGACUUGAAGCCAAGCAAUAUCCUUCUCGACAACGAAAUGAUUGGACAUGUCGGAGACUUUGGGUUAGCAAGAUUCUCUCCUGAAGCUAAUAAUAACUCUUCGACCAACCAGUUGAGCUCUAUUGGCAUAAGAGGAAGCAUUGGUUAUACUGCUCCCGAGUAUGGUAUAGGAAAUGAAGUGUCCUCAUUUGGUGAUGUGUAUAGUUAUGGAAUCCUUCUGCUAGAAAUGUUUACCGGGAAAAGACCUACAAAUGACAUGUUCCAAGGCACUCUGAACCUACAUUCUUUUGUCCAAGAAGCUUUGCCUGAACGGGUGGUCGAGAUUGCAGAUCCCAUUAUUUUUCAAGAAAGAGAAGAAGAGGCAACCAUGAAUGAUUUUCAUUAUAAUAACAGCGAAGCUAGAAGAAACAAAAUCCAAGAGUGCUUGGCUUUGAUUUUUGUGGUUGGAAUUGCUUGUUCUGUUGAACCGCCAAAAAAUCGGAUGGACAUCAGAAAUGUUGCAACUGAACUUCAAUUGAUCAGAAAAAAGCUUCUUGAAAUCGGAAUACGUGGAGGAGGCCGAUCAAACUAAAAGUAGUAGGCCAUAAUAUUGGUGACAGUUAGAGUUUAAUAUAGCUCUCAAAAGUUUCAAGUGA